AUGGCUGCUACUGCACCAGUUGCUAUAGGCACAAGGGGCACUGUAGGAUCCCUUGUGCGGAGAGGUGGUUGGCGUUAUCUAGAUACUGGGCAGGUAUUGAUUGAGAGUGCCUGCUCUGUGGAUAGGGUGGAGGAAGCGUUAAGCACAGUGCUGCCGAUGCUUCCUGAGAUACAGUAUUUUCGGUUUAAUCCAGUUGAUGAACGCUGUGAUAUGGAGCUGGACGAGACUGAUCCAGCAGUCUGGCUGAAGUUGGAAACUGCAGUUGAUGAUUAUGUCCAAAACAAUUCACAAUCCUUCAAGGAUGUCUGUGAGAGACUGCUUAUUCCCUUCCAACACGAUGAGAAGUGGUCGGAGAAUUUGAAAGCUCAGCAUUUCCCCAGGGCAAAGGUGUCAAAUGCAGAUGAGAAGAGCCCAUCUUUAGGUUGGAGGCGUAACAUACUACUUGUUGAAGCUAUGCAUAGUCCGGAUUCAGGAAGAGUUGGACACCAUGCCAGAGCCCUUGAGUCAUUUUGUGCACGUAAUGGAAUAAAGUUAUCUCUUAUGCAUGGGGCAUCUGGAAUGUGGAAAACAAUGCCAGGAACAACAUUUCCAACACCAUUUACCUCACCUUUGAUCACUGGAACUUUUCCGUCGAGCCCACUUUUAUAUAGUCCUGAUGUUGGCCCACAGAGGAUUGGCCGGAUAGAUAUGGUUCCACCUUUAAGCCUGGAUGGACUACAAUCCGGAAAGACAUUUUCAUCACCGCCUCUAUCUCCCAAGGCCCAAAGGCAGCUCUCCUUACAUGUCAGAUCAUUACAUGAGAAGUUACAAAAUUUACCACAAGUUGGCAUUAUACAUUUGGCCCUUCAAAAUGACUCAGUUGGCUUAAUAUUAAGUUGGCAGAAUGAUGUUUUUGUGGUUGCCGAACCUGGGGAACAUGCUGACAAGUUUUUGCAGAGCGUUAAACUAAGCUUGUUAUCAGUGAUGCAGAGUAACCGCAGAAAGGCUGCAUCAUUUCUUGCCAAUAUAUCAACUAUUGCUGAUUUGGUUCGGUGCAGACCAUACUUCCAAGUUGGCAAUGUAGUCCACCGUUAUAUAGGACGCCAAACCCAAGUUAUGGAAGAUGACCAAGAAAUUGCUGCAUAUAUGUUCCGCAGGACUGUCCCUUCGAUGCACUUAACACCAGAUGAUGUUCGUUGGAUGAUUGGAGCUUGGAGGGACAGGAUCAUAAUUUGCACAGGGACUUAUGGGCCUACCCCGACUUUAAUUAAGGCCUUUCUAGACUCUGGUGCUAAAGCCAUCAUAUGUCCUUCAGCUGAACCACAGGAAACCUCGAUGACAUCAGCUCUUGAAUCAGGAGACUUCAGUGCACUGGAAAAUGGAAGGUUUGAGAUUGGAGAGGAAGAGGCAGAGGAUGAAGAUGCUGAACCUAUUAGUCCAAUAAGUGACUGGGAAGAUAGUGAACCUGAGAAGACUGGAGACCGGUUGAUGGGUCUUUGGGAUGAUGAUGAAGAGGAUUUGUCCAAGUUCAUCUGUCACUUUUAUGAUUCACUGUUUCGAGAGGGUGUGAGAGUAGAUGUUGCUCUACAAAAUGCUCUUGCCUCACAUCGGAAGCAGAGUUAUACUUGCCAUCUUCCUGGUAUACAGUAGAUCGAUGAAUAAUUUCAUACACCAAAAAAAAAAAAGAUCUAGAAAAA